GAACGAAUUGUAUGUAAAGACGAGACACAGGAUGUAAGUAUGUUGGUGAAAAGACAACAGUGCUUAGGUUGUUGAAACCAGACAAGGGUGGUUCCGCUUUCUGGCUUUUAUGCAUCCAGGAAAUACAAUUUUGCUGAUUCCUUGCAUUUUAUAAAAUGCCCAAUGAAUUAAGGUAAGCUGUUGAAUCAAGAAAAGAACUAACAAGGUAAGCUGUUUUCUUAUAGAAGGAAAAGAUUAAACUAUAUUAAAGGAGCAUCAUGCAUCAGAGGAAACACCGAGGCUGUGACCACUGCCCAAAAAUAUUACCCUCCCAGCUAAACAAUGCCAGAUUUUACGCUCUUUUUUUGCUUUCCUUUUUAUUUAAUUUUUUUAGAAAAAGGAAAUUUUGUUUUUAUUUAAAUUCUCUUUCCUUUUCAUCCAUCCUUCUUUAAUCCACACACAAAAUCAAAUUUAAUAUUUCAUCGAAAACUGAAACCACAAGGCCUCCAAUACCAUAUACUCUUUAAUAAAAUAAGAAUAAUUUAACCAAUGGCCUAAAGGAAGGUCUCUCUCUCUAAUCUCUUCUUUAUUCUAUUCUUGUACACUCACUUUAUAAACCCUAGUCUGUCUACCGAUCGAAGCUCUGAUUCUUGAGAUGGACGGAUACGGUUACAGUUCGGGUCAAAGGUCAUACGGUGUGGGUGACCAGAGAUUUGAGAUAGUAAGCGGGAAGAGUUUUUGUAAUAGCAACCAGAUCUAUGCGACUCGGGGGCACUCACCCAAUCAGCCACCGAUCCCAACACACGCGACACGGCCGAGAAAGAGCGCAUCGACGGCGACAGCACCUUGGGGUGGAUUCGGCGAUCCUGAAAUGAAGAGGAAGAAGAGAAUUGCUAAGUACAAGGUUUACACUGUCGAAGGUAAAGUUAAGACUUCUUUGAGAAACGGGCUGCAUUGGAUUAAGAACAAGUGCUCUCAGAUCAUACGCGGUUAUUAAAUGAGUUUUCUUCUACAUCUCUGAUUGUUUCUCCCACGUUAGAUGGGUCCCAUAUACUAAGUGGUCCACCCGCUGGCUACGUGGCAAGAUCGUUAUUCGAAAAUAUGGUAAGCUCUGUUUGGUGCUUCCUCUGUGUACUGUUCAGAACUCGAUAAUGAUAUUUGUGAUAUUUAUUUUGCCAACAGGAAAAGAUUUCUGAGCUUUGGUAAUUUGUGAUAAACAAUUAAAGCUUACUAAUUUUA